AUGAUUGACGGAUCUGUUAAUUUCUUUGAACGGACCAUCUCUAAUGCUUCUAUUUCUUCCGCUACGUCGGUGGUUAAUUCUUUAUCCACCGCUCACCACUUCAUAAGCAUUAAGUUGGCCUACAAGAACUACCUAUUUUGGAUAGCCCAGAUUGUUCCGUUUCUUGAUGGUCACGAUCUUCUUGGAUUUGUUGAUGGAACGAAUCCAUGUCCUUCGGCAACCCUAACUGGUGACGGCGAUAGUACGGCGACCGCGCAGCUCAAUCCGGUGCAUCGUGCGUGGGUCCGGCAGGACCAAGCCUUAUUGUCCAUGUUGAUGUCGUCCUUAUCCGAUGAGGUCAUGCCUCUCACCAUCGGCCACCGCACCAACCGGGCUAUCUGGACUGCCGUGGUUGGUGCACUCGCGUCGUUCUCCCGCUCCCGUGGUCUCAAUCUACUCGGACAAUUGAAGACACUUGAUCAAGGAAACAUGUCUGCGGCUGACUACAUUGGCAAAGCUAGGGUUUUGGUGGAGGAGCUCGCUCUCGCCGGCCGACCUAUGACACUUGAAGAACAAAACUUUUACGUUCUUCAGGGGUUACGAUCAAAGUUCAUGGGUCUCGUGUCGUCUCUCAACGUGCGUGGCCAACCCAUUACUCUCUAA